AAUAUGAAGCAAGAGUGGUCAAAAUCAUACUUGGUGCAGCCUCAAGAUCAUCUUCAAUCGCAUCUAUUAAAAAGUCAAAAAAAAUUCGUUCCGUCUUAUGAAAGGGAGAGUUGCCCGCUCUCGAUGAGUUUGUUAAUUGGCUGGGAAUAUGCACGUAUUUGGCGUAAAGAACGCGAUGAAUUCGUCCGAGCUCGCGUGACGAGAAACAAACCGAAGAAAAUCAAAAAUGAUUACAACAAAUGGCUGGAGAAACGCAAAACCAAGAUGAUUAAGACUUGCGGGCCCAAACUAUAA